GCUGAUGUGGCGAUGCGGCUGGCAUGUACAGUACGUCUGGGCUGCAUUCAUGGUGGUGAUAGUGUCUGCUGGGUACAAGCCCACCCACCCCCCGUGUGGUGCAGUGGAUGCUGUUUCGCAUCCUGCGAUCUCGACUGCAUGUUUGAUGGAGAAUUUGGAAUUUCACAUGCCCCAUUCAUGACAAUAGCCAUUGUGUGGAGUGUUUGUACAGCGCUGCGUGAUGACGUUCGAUCUGGGCUGGGUUGGCGGUGAAUGGCGAUGGUUUGCUCUGUACCUAAAUUCAUCCCUUCCAGGAGGAAGGAAAAGGAUAUGGAAUCAAAAGUUUCGGCCGAAAAGAGGGACAAAGGAAGUCACCAUAUCUGAUCCUGGAGCAACGAUAAGUCAAUCAAUCGAUAAUAAUGGCGAGCCCGUCAUCGAAGCAAUUAGCGGAUGAGAGGCGUCUUAGCCCGUCUGACCUCUCGGAUUCUGUAGAUGAUCUGUCAGUUAGUCAGGAAAUUUUCUCUCCGGCCCAUCCCCUCCUCCCCGUCGCCGUACUUCGUGCAAUCAUCUAGCCUUCUUACAAAUCACCCGGCCUUCUCUCCUGAUGCUUUCUGAUCGCUUCGAUAAAGGCUUCCCGGGGUCUUUUCGGGGUCUUCGAUAGGCCCGGAUCCCUGUUCGGGCACUCCUUAGCCGGACCAGCUGAGGCGUCGAUAAUUAUUACUCGCGAUUAGCGAAGGAUUAAGAUUUUCUUUUGUGCACCUUCUGGCGCGGACGAUGCAAU